GGCUCGCGAGACGCCGGGAGCCACGUUCUUUCUUUGGCAAGAUGGCGGGGGGGAAGAGUGGCGGCGAGCGGGGCUCAAAAAGCGAAGCCGAUUCCGGCUUCCUGGGGCUGCGGCCCACUUCGGUGGACCCGGCGCUAAGGCGACGACGGCGAAUCCCGAGAAAUAAGAAGCGGGGCUGGCGGCGGCUCGCCCAGGAGCCGCUGGGACUGGAAGUGGACCAGUACCUGGAGGACGUGAGACUGCAGGAGCGCGCCAGCGGUGGCUUGGUGUCGGAGGCCCCCGAUGAAAAACUCUUUUUCUUGGACACCGGCCCCCAGAAAAAAGAGCCAACAAAGAAGAGACCGACAGGCCGAAAGUCGCUACAUAGGAAACCCCUCCGGGUGGACCUCAUCCUAGAGAACACUUCCAAGGUCCCAGCCCCCAAAGACGUCCUUGCCCACCAGGUCCCCAAUGCCAGGAGGCUGCGGCGGAAGGAGCAGCUAUGGGAGCGGUUGGCUCAGCAGGGUCGGCUGCCUGGGGAGCUGCGCAGAGCCCAGGCCCGGCUCCUCAGCCCCCCCACACCUCCAGCCGAGGCCGCACCCCAGGACACGGCUCUGCGGCCCUUCUACGAUCUCUGGGCCAAAGACAACCCCUUGGACCAGCCCUUGGUGGGCCAGGACUCCUUCUUCUUGGAGCAGACCAAGAAGAAAGGGGUGAAGCGGCCGCCACGUCUCCACGUCAAGCCCUCCCAGGCCCCUGCAGUGGAGGUGACCCCUGCCGGGGCCUCCUACAACCCCACCUUUGAGGACCACCAGAGCCUGCUCCUGGCCGCACACGAGGUCGAGGUGCAGCGACAGAAGGAGGCCGAGAAGCUGGAGCGGCAGCUGGCCCUGCCCCCGGCGGAGCAGGCGGCCACUCAGGAGACGGCCUUCCAGGAGAUGUGCCAGGGUCUGCUGGAGGAGUCGGACGGGGAGGGUGAGCCUGAGGAGGCCCGGCCUGAGCCCGCAGAGCCCCUAACUGGAGGCACCGCGCCUGCCCGCCUGGCAGCUGGGGAGAAGAAGACAGAGCAGCAGCGGCGGCGGGAGAAGGCGGCCCGCAGGCUGCGGGUGCAGCAGGCCGCAUUGCGGGCCGCCCGGCUGCGGCAGCAGGAGCUGUUCCGGCUGCGCGGGAUCAAGGCCCAGGUGGCGCAAUGGCUGGCGAAUUGUGCGCGACGGCGGGAGAUGCGGAGGCAGCGGCGCCUGGCUGAGGCCCACAAGCCCCGGCGGCUGGGGCGGCUCAAGUAUCAGGCUCCCGACAUCGACGUGCAGCUCAGCUCGGAGCUGUGUGGGUCACUGCGGACGCUGAAGCCGGAGGGGAACAUCCUGCGGGACCGAUUCAAGAGCUUCCAGCGGAGGAACAUGAUCGAGCCCCGGGAGCGAGCCAAGUUCAAGCGCAAGUACAAGGUGAAGCUGGUGGAGAAGCGGUCGUUCCGCGACACCCCGUUGUAGCCGCUGACGGCGCUGGAGCCUCCCACCCCAUGCCCAGUAAAGCUCUUUGCA